AUGGCUAACGCCGCAACUUCGCCAGCCUCGACUAUGAAUGGCGAUACCAACGCCAAUUUAAAACUGACUACAUCGCUCCCGAAAUCCCCCAAACUACACCAUGUCGUAACAUCCUUUCCUUCCUCCAACCCCCCUUCGGGUCCCCUAUACACCUCUUCUCUUACUACUACUCCGAACUCUCUCCACCCAACCUAUAUUCCUUCAAAUGCUUCCAGCCCUUCAACGACACCUUUGCAACCUGCCACAGACGGGCACCGAGACCGCCUACCUGCAUUUCCUUCUGUUGCUCCCUCCCUCGAGCUCGGCGAAUCUGCAAUGGCUUUUGCAGGCACUGCUACCGCCUCGGGAUCCGGUGAUGCCGUCAACAACAAGGGUCCCGGCCUAAUGCGCCGAAUCUCACGAGGUGCAGCCAACAAGCUUACUCGAAGACGUCAAUCCACCUCCCACAACGAGAAGCGAGACCGCAGCUCUGGUCCGGUCAUCAUGCGAAGACGCAGUGACAGCAAAACGGGUACUCAAAACAGCCGCGAGAAUGCCCUCGAGUCCAGCAACGAAGAGGACAGCUACGACGCUUUGGAUUCGCUCGGUGCUUGGUGUGGCUCGGAUGCAUCGAGCUUGCAGAGUGACAAUCCUAUGGGGCUUGCCCGUAGUGUCGGCGCGAUCGCACCCAAGGUCGACUCGUCGAUCCAGCGCGGUACUAUUCUGACAAAGGUCACCAAGAAGAGAAAGAAGCAAGUUCGCUUCUUUCUAGAUCUCGACGCGGGCAAAGUCUACUGGGAUGUAUCAAACCCUGCGAAACGGUUUUACAUCGACGACAUCAAGGAGAUUCGCGUGGGUGCCGAUGCGCGCAACUACCGUGAGGAGCAUCAGAUCCCGCAGGAGGCCGAGAGUCGCUGGUUUACGAUCGUCAUUGUCGAUGCCGAGCGCUCCAAGGGCCGAGCGGUCAAAACGCUACACCUGAUCGCUCCCAAUGAUCACCUUCUCGACCUCUGGACGACGACACUCGAAGACAUCUCGCGCUACAGAAUCGGUCUCAUGGCUGGUCUGGCAGGAUCCGGCCAGAGUGAAGCCGCUUUGAAAGCGCACUGGCAACGCGAGAUGUCCCGGUUGUUUCCCCAUGGGGUCAAGUCUGGUGAAGACGAGCGCCUGGAUUUUGGUGCCGUCGAAAACAUUUGUCACAAUUUGCACAUCAACUGCUCUAAGCAUAUGCUUCACACCCAGUUCACCAAAGCCGAUAUUGGAAGCAAGGGAAAACUUAACUUCGACGAGUUCAAGGAAUUUGUCGCACUCCUGAAAGAGCGGAAGGAUGUCCGCGCGAUCUUCAAAAGCAUCGCCACAGACUAUGAGGGCCUCACACUCGAUGAAUUCUUAAUCUUCCUGCGUGACGUACAGAACGAGGACAUCGAUUCCGACCGAAUUUAUUGGACUUCGAUGUUUGACAAAUGUGUCCGAAAGUCGAAAUUACGGACCCCGAGUAUCCCUGAAUCCGGGGACGAGCCGGUUCCCCGAAUGAAUCUGGAUGCCUUCUCUUCGUUCAUGGCCUCGUCCUGGAAUGGUAUCUAUGCCUCUCGUCCCGCGCAGUCACGAUUCGACCGGCCCUUAAACGAAUACUUUAUCUCGAGCUCCCAUAACACCUACCUUCUGGGCCGCCAGGUUGCUGGCGCAUCCAGCACCGAAGCAUACAUUAGUGCUUUGUCGCAAGGAUGUCGCUGCGUUGAGAUUGACUGCUGGGAUGGUGCCGAUGGCCGACCUAUUGUGUCUCACGGGAGAACAAUGACUACGAGCGUCUUGUUUGCUGAUUGCAUUACUGUCAUUAAUCGUUACGCAUUUAUCACCACCGAUUUCCCUCUGAUCCUGUCACUCGAAGUCCAUUGCAACCCGGAACAGCAAUUGGCCAUGGUGAAGAUUAUGAAGGAUACCUUCAAGGAGCAACUCGUGUUGGAACCGCUGCUCACGAACACUUUUGUUCUCCCCUCCCCUGAGGAGCUGAAAGGUCGCAUUCUCGUUAAAGUCAAAACGUGCGAUGAGCCUCAGGCAGCGAUGCGGCAGGAGUCCGGGUUGGCGCUUGGCGAUUUUCCAGGACGGAAGCGCAGCUCCAGUUCCCCGUUUAUACGUCCGGCAGUACCCGAGAAUCCGGCCGUCGAAGCCCUUCCCCCUCUGUCUACUGCCUCCACCAUCGGUCAAGAUACGGUCUCCUCGUUCCUAACUCAGGACAAGAGAUCCUUCACUACCACCAGUUUGAGCAGCGCCACGGAGGACAGCGAUGGGGCCCUAGUUUCAGCCAAGAAAGAGUCGAAAAAACGCCAGAAGAGCAAAAUCACGAAACCCCUGUCGGAUCUGGGAGUGUAUACUCGUGGAUACAAGUGGCACAGCUUCUCGUCUGCCGAAAGCCAGAAGUUCAACCAUGUUUACUCCUUUGCCGAGCGAUCAUUCGAGAGCAUCUGUCGCGAUGCGGAGAACAAAGCGCUUUUCGAGAAGCACAACCGUAAAUACCUCACUCGCGUUUAUCCCUCCGGCUUCCGGCUGAGGUCGUCUAAUUUCGACCCCCUCAAGUUCUGGCGCCGCGGCGUUCAAAUGGCGGCGCUGAAUUGGCAGACCUAUGAUGUCGGCAUGGAGAUGAAUCAGGCCAUGUUCGCGGCCGGCAGUGACCGCACUGGCUACGUGCUCAAACCGGAAACCCUGCGCACUCCUCAGAUUCCAAACGAAGCGGACCCCAAGGCCCGACAGUGGAACAUCAUGCGAUUCUCCAUUGAUGUCAUUUCAGCCCAGCAACUGCCCCGCCCUCGGAGUAUUGGCCCUGAUGAUAGCAUCAAUCCCUAUGUUGAGAUUGAGGUGUUCAGCGCUGAUGACAGAGGCCAAAGCUUUGUUUAUGGCCAGGGGGGAAUGAACGCCUCGGCCCGCAGUGGCAUGUCGGGAAUCGGAUAUCCCCAUCGUCGACGCACGCGAAUCGAAAAGAGUAACGGGUACAGUCCCAUCUUCAACGACCAAUUCAAGCUCUCCCUUGAGACUAAGUACCCCGAUUUGGUGUUCGUUCGCUGGACUGUCUGGAGCUCUAUGGACGGACGCAGCACGGGAGGCAACAACUGCGUUCAGCUGGCCUCGUUCACCGCAAAGCUCAGCAGUCUGUCCGAAGGCUAUCGAUACCUUCCCUUGUAUGAUGGCGGCGGUGACCAGUAUCUGUUCUCCACGUUAUUCUGCAAGAUCACCAAAGAGGAUCCGAUCCCUGCCCACCGGGUCGAUCCCGAUGAGCUCCGAGCCGAACGCAUGGGUAUCCUCCGCCAGAUCGGGCAGACCGUGUUCAAGCGGACUGCAUCGACCGAGCGGGAGAAGGACUUGCAGUCUGACAAAGGCAGCGAGACGCCAGCGAGCUUAGACGAGAAAGAUACUUCGCCGAUCUUGACCCCGACUAUUUCUACCGCAUCCACCGCAUCUUUACCUCCUUGA